AUGUCAGCGUCAAACGAAAAGCCAAAAGUUUAUAUUAUUGGUGUUGGAAUGACAAAGUUUACAAAACCAGGAUCAGUACCAAACUGGGAUUAUCCUGAUAUGGUAAAGGAAGCAGUAAACAAAGCCUUAUUGGAUGCAAAACUACAGUAUAGUGAUGUGGAGCAAGCAGCAGUUGGCUAUCUGUACGGUGGCACUUGUUGUGGACAGCGAGCACUCUACGAGAUUGGACUCACCGGAAUACCUAUUUAUAAUUUGAAUAAUGCAUGCGCGAGUGGUUCAACAGCUGUUUAUCUCUCAAAAUUGUGUAUUGAAGGAGGUCACGUAAAUGUUGCACUUGCAGUAGGUUUUGAGAAAAUGAAGAGUGGCUCACUGGAAGCAAUGGAAAAGCUUGAUGAUCGAACACACGCACUCGAACGACAUAUUAACGUCAUUUCUACAACACGUGGCCUGUUACCAGCACCGCUAAUGGCGCAAAUGUUUGCUAAUGCUGGACGAGAACAUAUGGAUAAAUACGGAACCAAACGAGAACAUUUUGCUAAAAUAGCUCAAAAGAACCAUAAACAUUCCAUUAACAAUCCAAAUUCACAGAUUCAAAAAGAAUAUAGUUCGGAUGAGAUUCUGAAUGCACGAGUGAUUCACGAUUUUAUGGGUCUUCUAGAAUGCAGUCCGACAUCGGAUGGUGCAGCAGCAGUGAUUUUAUGCAGCGAACAAUUUUUAAAGAAAUCUCCACACCUUUACAAACAAGCUGUUGAAAUUAUUGGUGCUGAGCUAGGCACUGAUGAACCAUCCGUAUUUGCUGAACAUUCGAGUCUAAAAAUGAUUGGCUUUGAUAUGAUACGAAAAUUAUCAAAUAGAUUGUAUCAGAAGACAGGUUUGACACCAAAUGAUGUGCAGGUUAUUGAGUUACACGAUUGCUUUGCCCCAAAUGAACUAAUUUCUUAUGAAGCACUUGGCCUUUGUCCUAUUGGCAAAGGCGGUGAUAUUGUUGAUAAGGGUGAUAAUACAUAUGGUGGAAAAUGGGUCAUCAAUCCUUCUGGUGGAUUAAUAUCCAAGGGUCAUCCAAUAGGUGCAACUGGCGUAGCACAAGUCGUUGAAUUGUCACUUCAACUGCGUGGCAUUGCUGGCGCACGCCAAGUACCAAAUUGCAAAGUUGCAUUGCAGCACAACAUUGGAAUUGGCGGAGCUGGCAUGGUUGCAUUGUAUCGAUUGGCUCAAUUGUCGUCUUCAGAAAAUGUGACAAAUGCAAAAGUUCCAGUAAAAAAAAUCUUUUUAAGUGAUGCCAUUUUUGAUGGAAUUAGAGAACGUAUAAAAACGGAAAAAGAUUUAUCACAGACAAUAAACAGUUCAUUUAGAUUUAUUUUAACCGGACCGGAUAAUGCUGUCAAAAAAUGGGUUGUUGACUGCAAGGUGACACCACCAACUAUUAUCGAAAUGGGUGAAGGUCAGGUAGAUGUUGAGAUGACAAUGAAAGAUUCCGAUUUUGUGAAAAUUGUUACUGGAAAAUUGCGACCUGAUCAGGCAUUUUUACAACGCAAACUGAAAAUUAAAGGUAACUUGGCAAAAGCAAUGAAACUGCGAACAUUAGUGAAACCAGAACUAUUUAAAGCUAAAUUGUAA